UCCUCGAGCAUCUCGCGCACACACGACUCACACCACCGCCUCCUCAUCGCCGGCGCCCGCGCCCGAUCCGCGCCUCCCGAGCUCCUCCCGCUCGAGCACGCCAUCGCCGGCCAGCCCUCAGCCGCCGCCUUCUUCUCGCCGCGACGGAGCUGAGAGCCCGAGUUUAUAGCGACUGCUUCCCCCCGGAAUCCUCCGCGGAAUGUUGUCCAUUGAUCUUCACAUCGUUGAAGCCUUUUCUCCAUUGGAGUGAUCAAAGCGUGCUAUUUGCACGGAAGUGACAUAUUGGAUAACAAUGAAACGAUUUGUAUAUAUUAAUGAUGAUUCGCGCCGGCAUUCCUACUGUGACAAUAGGAUAUCCAAUACCAAAUAUACUCUGUGGAACUUUCUCCCGAAAAACUUAUGGGAGCAAUUCAGGUUUGUAUCUAUUCUUUGCUUCUUUGCAGUAAAAUGGUUCCAUCUCCAUCUUAACCAUUCCAUUGCUUCAGGAGCUUAGGUAUUUGCUGUUUAUCAGUUGUUUAGUGUACUUCCUUUGAUUAAAUACCUGAGGUUUCUGUUAUCUGGAUGGGCCCAACAUAAAACACUGUUUCUACCAUUUGAUGUAAGCUGAAAUUUUUUGCCAUGUUGCUUAAUUUGAUUCUGUUAUAUAAUGCAAUGCGCCAGCCUUGCUUGUGUUUCUUUUCUCUGCAUAUGAACAUUUCCAAUGUCAUCUUACAUGGAGGACUAAAUUAAUAUAAGCGCACUAGAUGAAGAUCCUUACUAACCAAAAAAAAUAACCGAGUUCUUUGUAAUAACUGGUGCUAGGACUUCAAGCUGACCCACUGAACAUGAGAAAAAAAAAGACAUCUAGAUCAUUUUGUUACAGAACCUGCAGGAACUCAUUGUUUCUGUUUAUCUGAUGAAUUUCAGCUCCAUCAGGAUUUUAAAUCAUGUCUACUUCUCUUUAAGUAUUUCAGGCGUUUCAUGAAUCAAUAUUUUCUGCUAAUAGCCUGCCUUCAGUUGUGGUCCCGUAUUACUCCAGUUAGUCCUGCAACUACAUGGGGUCCACUUAUCAUCAUCUUCAUUGUUUCUGCUUCAAAAGAAGCUUGGGAUGAUUACAAUAGGUAUCUUUCAGACAAGAAAGCAAAUGAAAGGAAAGUAUGGUUGGUAAAAGAUGGCAUUCGUAAGCAGAUCAAGGCACAGGAGAUACAUGUUGGAGAUAUAGUGUGGCUCCAUGAGAAUGAUGAGAUACCAUGUGAUCUUGUUCUCAUUGGAACUUCUGAUCCUCAAGACUUCUGCUUUGGAUGGUGAAACUGACUUGAAAACAAGAAUAGUUCCUUCAAUUUCUGCUAACUUGUCAGUAAAGCAGCUGGAAAAAGUUAAGGGUGUAAUUGAGUGCCCCAAUCCAGAUAAUGACAUACGAAGAUUUGAUGCUAACAUGCGCUUGUUCCUCCCUACCAUUGACAAUGAAAAAUGUCCUUUGACCAUCAACAACACACUUCUUCAAUCAUGCUACUUACGGUACACUGAAUGGGCUUGUGGAGUUGCAGUUUACACAGGCAAUGAAACUAAAUCAGGAAUGACCAGGGGAACUGCAGAGCCGAAGCUCACUGCAGCUGAUGUGAUGAUAGACAAGCUCACUAUUGCGAUAUUCCUGUUACAAAUUGUUGUUGUACUUGUGCUGGGUUAUUUUGGGAAUAUUUGGAAGGACACUCAGGGUCUCAAGCAAUGGUAUCUUAUGUAUCAUGUGAAGGGACCAUGGUAUGAUUUCCUGGUUAUUCCACUGCGCUUCGAGCUGUUGUGCUCCAUAAUGAUUCCAAUUUCCAUAAAGGUUACUCUUGAUUUGUCUAAAGGUGUGUAUGCAAAAUUUAUUGACUGGGAUGAGCAAAUGUUUGACUGGGAAACAAAUACACCUGCUCAUUCAGCUAACACAGCUAUCAGCGAGGACCUUGGGCAGGUUGAAUAUAUUUUGACUGACAAAACUGGGACACUGACAGAGAAUAGAAUGAUUUUCAAACAAUGCUGCAUAAGUAACACAAUGUAUGGAAGUGACAAUGGAGAUGCUUUAAAAGAUGCGAGACUUCUAAAUGCAGUCUCAAGUAAUGAUCCUGAUGUCAUCAAAUUUCUGAUGGUGAUGGCUCUUUGCAAUACAGUGGUUCCUGUCAAAAGCAAUGAUGGUACUGUGUCAUACAAAGCACAAUCGCAAGAUGAGGAAGCAUUAGUCACUGCUGCAUCAAACCUGAAUAUGAUGCUUAUCAGUAAAGACAGCAGUACUGCCGAGAUUUGUUUCAAUGGGUCUAAGUUUCUGUAUGAGUUGUUGGACAUUUUGGAAUUCACUUCUGAUCGCAAAAGAAUGUCUGUAGUGGUAAAGGACGGGCAGACUGGGAAGAUUCAUCUUUUAUCUAAAGGUGCCGAUGAAGCUAUUCUCCCUCGUGCUUAUCCAGGACAACAAAUACAGAGAUAUCUUGAGGCAGUAGAAAUGUAUUCUCAGUUGGGAUUGCGAACAUUAUGUUUGGGAUGGCGUGACCUGGAAGAAGAUGAAUACAAGGAGUGGUCCAAAAACUUUCAAGAGGCUAGCUGUUCAUUGGACAAUAGGGAGUCUAAAAUUGCCAAAGUAUGUCACGGCUUAGAGCGAGACCUUUAUAUUCUUGGUGUUACUGCCAUAGAAGAUCGUCUUCAGGAUGGUGUGCCUGAAACCAUUAAGUUGUUAAGGAAUGCUGGAAUUAAUGUGUGGAUGCUAACUGGUGAUAAGCAAAAUACAGCAAUUCAGAUUGGACUUCUUUGUAACCUCAUAACCUCUGAGCCCAAUAGCCAGUUGUUGCCUAUCAGUGGGAAAACUGAAGAGGACAUAUUAAGAAGCCUAGACAGGGCAUUACUAAUUACGAAGAAUACAUGCGAAACAAAGGAUCUUGCAUUUGUUUUGGAUGGUCGGGCACUCGAAAUAAUUCUAAAGCAUUCCAAGGAAUCUUUCACUAGGUUGGCAAUGCUAUCAAGAACAGCAAUAUGCUGCCGAAUGACACCUUUGCAGAAAGCACAGCUUGUUGCUAUUCUAAAGUCCGUUGGGUACUUAACUCUAGCAAUUGGUGAUGGUGGUAAUGAUGUUAGAAUGAUCCAAGAGGCUAACAUUGGAGUAGGGAUUAGUGGUAGGGAAGGACUGCAAGCCGCAAGAGCUGCUGAUUAUAGCAUUGGGAAGUUCAAGUUUCUUAAGAGGUUGAUACUUAUUCAUGGUCGCUAUUCAUACAAUCGAACAGCAUUUAUUUCACAGUACUCCUUCUACAAGUCACUUCUUAUAUGCUUUAUACAGAUUCUGUUUGCCUUUUUUUCAGGGCUCUCAGGAACUAGCUUAUUCAACUCCAUUAGCCUGAUGGCUUAUAAUGUUUUCUAUACAAGUCUACCUGUGAUGACUAUAAUCUUUGACAAGGAUAUCUCUGAAACAACAAUUCUACAGUACCCCCAGAUCUUACAGCAUUCUCAAGCUGGGAGGCUUCUAAAUCGAACUACAUUUUGCGGAUGGUUUGGUCGCUCACUGUAUCAUGCGCUCGUCGUUUUCUUUAUCACGGUAUAUGCAUACGCGGAUGAGAAAAGUGAGAUGCAGGAACUCUCAAUGGUUGCACUAUCCGGAUGCAUUUGGUUGCAGGCUUUUGUUGUGACGAUGGACACAAACUCAUUCACUUACCCACAAAUCAUUCUCAUCUGGGGAAACUUUGUGGCUUUCUACAUGAUCAACCUAAUACUCAGCGCCAUCCCGAGCCUUCACAUGUACACAAUCAUGUUUCGCCUGUGCGGUCAACCAUCAUACUGGAUCACCAUGGCACUGACUGUUGCGGUAGGGAUGGGCCCGGUGAUGGCUUUCAGAUACUUCAGAAACCUGUACCGGCCUAGUGCCAUCAACAUACUCCAGCAGAUCGAGCAGAGCAAUGGAUCUAUCCAACCUUCCAGAAACGUGGAGUCAGCAGCGCUUAAGUCGGCCAGAACCAAUCUCACUAAUCUACUCUCUGGUUCUCGUAGAAAGAGAAGUUCUGAUUAUCAACCUCUGCUUUCCGAUCCUGCAGAGCCUGCUGGAUGAUCCCAGGUACGUUGGCUGGCGGUGGCUAGAGCUGACUGGGCUUUCUGUAUGAGAACAAGAGGGGGGGGGGGGGGGGGGGGGGGGGGGGGUGGGUUUGAACGAGAAAAACACAAUAAUCACAAUAAUAGCACGCAACGUUCAUUUCAA